AUGAUCGGAGGAAAACUGAACGAUGAACCAUCGGCAAGGUCGGCAGAAGAUCCUGAAUGGGAUCAUCGUCUCGUGGAUGUUUCGAAGCCGAAAUGGAGGGUUAUGGAUAAUAAGGAGGGGAAUCGGGAUAAAGAUGAAGAUUAUGAUGAGCGUGACGAUGACAUGUCCCCUGAUCAUGCCGCAUUGAUUGAUGCACGAAUGACCCCAGAGCAAAAGUAUGUGAUUACGGAUUACUUAGGAGACUGGGGCCUCUAUUCUGACUGGGAUACUAUGGUUGCUACCUUUCCCUUGAAGGGCCUUCGCCACGGAGCCUUCAUUAACGCUGUGAUCUCCAAAGAUAUCUUUCAGAACUUGGUGGCGAACCCGUUCUAUUACAUGGACCUUGGAGACGGAUGGGAGGGUAAUCAUAAAGAACUACCCACUCCACUGGCUGAGGACUUGCACAAGCUCUGGCAAAAUAUGAAACACGCUAUGCCAUAUAAGUGA